UUCGAAUUUUAUACAAACAUAUCAUUUCUUUGAAUUUUAAACCUGUGGUUUUACAAAGAUAAAUAUUUUUUCUUGGAUGUAAACAAAUGUCGUAUUAUCCUGUAAUGAUGUCCUUGCGAUAAAACAUGGAGCCUUAUGUAAUAGAUGUUAACCGCUUAGCCAACGAUAUCAAAGGUAAUAGACAAUCAUAUUCAUAUCUAUUGUGCAAUAUCAAAUAUUUAACUUUUGUUUAUAUAAAUAUAUAUGUUCAGUUGUAUUUCAGUUUUAUGUAGCUGUGAUGAAUAAAUUCUUAAAUAUAUUGUAUUUAAUUUCGUACAUUCGGGUUGAUUUUAGAGUGUGUGAAAUGACGUGUUGUACAAUUUGUUUUCUGCUGAAGUCUGAAGGUCACGAAAUGUCAAAAUUGUGAUACUUCAAUGCUACUAUGCCUACUACAUUUUAUCAAUUAUUUUAAGUUAUUAAAUUAUUAAAUACUUCACUGGAGACAUUCCUGGUCAUGUUAUGCUUGUUUGCAAUAGAACUUUCAUCAACAUGGCAAAUGCCUUUUUUAAUGGUUGACCAAUAAUCGGUAUCAGAAUCCAGCUUAUCUGUAUUUCUGAUUGUGUAAAACUGAUUGUUGAGAAAAUACGCACUUUAAAAAUUACAUGCAUUGGGUUAUUCCAGAAAACAGGGACGCCGGAAAUGGGGGCGCGGGGGGCAUUGCCCCCUUGCCCUUUAGUAAGGGGGGGGGGGGUGAAAGUGCCCUUAAGUAGAUAAAAAUUCUAACCCAAAAAAAUAUGAGGUACAACGAUUAAAAAGUAUGAAUUACGGGUGAAAUGGACGUAAUAUUGAAAUAUAUGUGAAAUUUUCUGGAAUAUUGUGUAAAAAAUUAGGUUAACUUUCAAAAAUUUUUUGUCCUUGUUUUGGUGAAUUAAGGUUGCGGAAAAUUUUUUCGGAAACGGAAUAUUAAUUAGUGAUUGCCUUUACAUCAACAUUGCCCCCCUGUGCCCUACCCUCGCUCCGACGUCCCUGCCAGAAAACAUCCAUACCUCCCCGACGGAAAAAAUUGGAACUGGAAGUUAACCCCCCCUACCCUCUUUGGAUGUUCUAAUACACUUACUAUUAUCAUAUGUCCUAGCUCCAAAACAAUGUUAAUAUGUGCAGUCAAUUAACAUGUUGUGGCAAGCCACAACAAAAUUUUUGCAUGAAGUAGGCUUGGGCGGUUUACCGGUUUUUCGGGUUUUUUCGGUUUUAUUUUCAAACCGUUUUUUUCGGUUUAGCUUUUACAAAAACCGGAAAACCAUCAUUACGUAAUUGUUUACUGUCAUCGCCUGAAACUCAAUCUUAAUUCUCAAAACAUGACACUAAUCAAACUCAAUUACAUGACACUAGAUACAAAUUCAUUUCUUUUCCGCAAAGUCGGUAAGAACUAAAGAGGUAUAAGUUUUCAAAUGCGUUCUUGACCCUUUUAUUUUAAAACUGAAGUUGUUUUAGGUUACCUUUGCAGAAUGUUGCGUUUUGCCAUGGACUGUUCGUUUGCUUAUGUCAAAGAAAUACCACAAUUCUUCCUCAUUCAGUUGAAAUAAAAAUUAAACGGAAAAAAACGGUUUUCCGGUUUAGAAUCAGACGGUUUUUCGGUUUUGAUUUCAAGCAAAACCGCCCAAGCCUAGCAUGAAGCAUUAAUUGGUCAAUCACUAACCUUUUUGGUCUUUAAGGAUUCAAUUGGCGUGCACGAGAUCCCUACCUAGCUUGGUUGAGUCAUAUGGCAUAUCUAAUUGGCAUGAACCAUGUCCUCUACAUAAAAAUGCAUUCUGGUAGUAGGAUACCACCUAUUCAUACCCAGGGCCGUAGCUAGCAUGUAUAGUUGGGGUGUAGGCCAAAAAUUUCCGACAAAGCCACAAAGGUGUUUGCUAUCCGGAAAAUGAAGACGCUAGUUACAAACAAAAAUACGCAUAUUUUACGCACAGACAUAUUACAGAAGCAUGAAGUGCUGUAGGAAGCUGUUUUUGUUUGGGGGCUGAGAAUGAGGGCCCAAGGAAAUUUUUAAAUUUAGAGUCUCUGAAAUGCCAUUUCCUGGACUUUGAGGAAGUUUUGACAGAAUUCAGAUGGUCAGAAAACAACAUUUUAGUAUGUCGAAAUUUACAAUUUGCUUACAAUUUAGUAGUACUAAAUGGGUGAAGGCGUAUUUAAUUAACUAUAUAUUGGGGAAGUUGCAGGAAAGUAUGGAUAUGAUUCUUUGCAGUUUGUCAUGGAUAAUGUAACUGCUUAAAAUGAAUCAAUUGUAAUUGUUUUAAAGGUAUAUUAUUUAAAUGAUAAAGGUCUGCAUGAUUUUGAAAAAAGAAUGAUUAUUAGCAAAUUGUUGGGAGGGCUGUUAAAUAUGUGUUUGUGUCUUUUAAGGAAUAGCAACUAGAUUAUUAAGUGUCUUUGUUCAUUUGGUCUUACUCUUAACAUGGGAUCUCUGUCCUGUUAACCAUGCCUUCAACAUUCAUGUUCUUAAAGUUAAUUGUUGUAUAUUUGUUUAGUUAAAAGGUUGUAAUUAAAAAGUUAAUAAAUAGAUAAUUUUGACAAUAUUACUUAAUGGGAGAUCCUUGGAAUUUAUUGAGUUCUUCCUUUUAGAAAAAUAUCCUUGAAAUCCUAAAAAGGUGCAUGUUGACUGAUAGGUGGAAAUCCUGGGAAGUAAAGUAGUAAAUCAAUUAAGCUGCAACCACAAUUCACCUGCAACCACAAUUCACUUAGCUUAUUCAUUGUUUUGUUAACAGCUUACACUUGUCUAGUGGAAAGUGUUUGGUACAAUUGAUUGCCAUGUAUAGUACAUUGAAGCCUAGGUUUAGAAAUUUUAAAAAUAGAUUGCUAGCAUUCCAUAGAAAGUAAGUAAGUAAUAAUGUAUAUACCUGAUGUUUUGCAGCAGUAGUCAUAAGCGAUAAGGAUGUUCUUUUUUCCCCAAUUUGAUACACUACUUAAAGAGUAUGGUACUAUACUAUGGUAAUCUAUGUCAUUAAUUUGUAUUUCUAGGUUAUAUUGCUCAGUUGAAGUCAACAUAUUUUGAGAACAAAGAUCCGAUUGAUGACAAUGAAAUCGUUUUGCAAAAGUUGUGUGUAAAACUAGAAACUGCAUUAAGACAUGGCAUGAAAGGUAAACAGCAUAAAUUGUUGCUCUCUGUGCUUUUUAUUCUAGCUUGGAAUGCCAAUACUAGGACUGGACUCUGGGAUGAUAGCUAACCGUAUAGCUUGCCUCAACUCGGUGCAAGAAAACUAGAGUUUAGAACUUUAGGCUUUUUAAGACGAGUUAAGGCUUAUGAAAUGCGAUUUAAGGCGAGUGAUUAAGGGUUGAUUGAAGAGAAACUCAGCGAAUUUACUGGCUUAUACUUGUUAAAUUCUAGGGGGGGAGGGGGUGAAGCAAAUUUCCGAAGAGGGAGCCAUAGCGGGCGUAGCCGGUGUUCAUUUGUGGGUGGCGACGGGAAGAAUAAACGCAGGCUGCCAUGCAGGCUAGCCUGAUAAUUUUGUUGGAACUUUUGAAUGAAAGGCAUGUUGUGAAUUAAUGUCUGAAUUGAAUACCCCUUGGCCUUGUGGUUUUGUACCAAACGUGCAAGAAAAUCAGUAAGAAGCAAUUUUGUCUCACAAAGCUUAAACAGCCUACCUAUCAAUCGCAGGCGGAAAAAGUACACGUAAGGUACAAAAAGGUUCGAAUAAAUUUCAUCCAAAAUUCAACGAUUUAUUGCAGCAUCAAAAAGACCAUUUCAAAUACUACUGUAAAUGCUAUUUUCUCAUUUUCUGUUUGGUCAAAAAUGCAACAUUUAUUUUGAUAACCUUAUUAAUAUAUCUACAGUAUGCAGGUUGCACGAAUUAAUAAGAUGUCUAAGAUCUACUUUCAAUGAAUUUUCUAGAUAAGUAUUCAUUUCUUGGUAUGCGGAAGGAUUAUUGGAACUUCUUUUCAGAAUGUCUUCCAAAAGACGAAGGCGUUAGAUAUGUUAACUCCCUAUCACAGGUAACACAACUGUGUACUGUUAUAAGCGCUGUUUUCAAACACUUUUCUACUGCUGGUAUAAAGUAGUAAAAACGCCGUAUUUGUAGCUGAGUUUUGCAGCUCAAUUUUUCAAC